AUGACAGAUAUAUUAUCUAUACUAUUAUCUUUAUCAAAAGAUAAAUAUAAAGAUAUAAUAGGUGUUGGUUUAAAAUCAAUACUAUCAAGAUCAUAUAUACAAAUGUAUGAAAUAAUACCAAAUAAUCCUCAUAAAAGGAUUGAAUCAUUUUAUAAUAGUGCAAUUGAUAGGAUUGCAAAUGUUUAUCAUCAAAUUGAAACAACACAUUCGAUUACCGAUGAUCAAGAUUUAAGAGAAUUGGCAAACCUAGCUGAAAAGAAUGACAAGUUGUGUAGAAUAUUGGCAAAGAGAGAGGUAGUAAUGACUCUGUUACGUAUCAUUGUCAAUGGAGAGGAAUUAUGGAAACAAAAUUAUUAUAGUCGUUUACCUCUAACUGAAGAAACUAUCUAUCAAAUUUAUACUACUCUUGAUAAUGAUUCAUUUAUUUUGGAUUGUACUGAUUUAUUAAAUCAUAUUUUACCUUGGGUAAAAGUCCAAGAUAUACCAUAUGAAGGGAUUUUUUAUGUAAUUAAAAAUCAUCCAAUGUCACCAUCAAGUUAUCGGUUGACAUGUACGAUAUUGAGAACAAUGACUUUGAAUAGAGAAACCAUUGUACCAUUUAUUAGUGUUGGAAUGAUUAGAAUGGUUAGAUUCUUUUUGGCUAAUCAAGUCAGUUAUGAGUAUUCACAGUUACAAGAUUAUUGGUUACAAAUUACUAGGAUUAUGUACAAAGAUAGGGAAUAUUAUUUUAAAUCAUUAUCAACACAAGAUCAAUUAUACAUAGAGGAAUCUUAUAAAAAUGGGAGAUUUAAAUUAUGGAUUCUUCCAACAAAAGAAUUACGUAUCUCACCUUUUAGUGUAAUGACUGAAAUCAUUUCAGAUGGUAUUGGGUAUUAUCAAGGUUGGAUCAAUGGUACAGCAUUAUUUAUGGAUCAUAUCUAUUCAGAUUCACCUAUUUCCGAUAUGAUCUAUCGGAGAUUAGAUUCAACCUUGACUAGGUAUUUGGCAAGUUCAUUAUAUGCAUCAUCAUUGUUACUCUAUUUCACAGUAUUCCUUUCUCGCAAGGGAUUAAUCUUUUAUACUUUAUCGACUGGUUUAUCAAUGUCCAUUCACACUUACCAAGACAAACUUGUCAAUCACCAAAAAUUAAGUGGUCCCAUUUACAGAGCUUUUCAAAAAUAUUAUCAAACUGAUCAUCAUCCAGGUUCAUCAAUCACUAUGAAUAUGGAUAUUGAUCAACUCAAUCAAAAUAAUAUUAUUAAAGAUAAAUCUGAUAUUUUAAAUUAUCGAUUUAAAUAA